CCUCUUGAAGCACGCCUGUUUCAUACCUCUUUUAAUUUCACAGUGCGUGCACUGUGUGUUGUUAAGCCCCUUCUUCUGACACAAGUUGUGUGACUUUCCUGUUUGGAAGACAGCGAGGUCAGCCUCUCUCGGUUUAUACCGGCGUCCUGUGACUGAUGCUUCAUAUCUAGCUGUUCUGUCUUUUUUCCCUUAGCUUGAUCUUGAGUGCACUGAAUCAAGCGCAUGGUUUGGGAAGUAAAAACAAAACCCAGAGGGGAAUAGCAGAAGCCGUCUUUGGAGAAACGCCGCUCUCUCGCUCUCUGUCACUGUACUUUGGGGAAGAUUAUUUUAUUUUGUCUUUCGCUGCUGCCGUUGUUAAUUUUAGGUGACCCUGUUUUGUGUGGGGAGGUGGAUUAUAUAGUUGAAAUUGGUGUUAAGAAGAUCCACAAGGCUUUUUUUGUGUGUGUUGAUGUUUUCAAUUCAGGACAGCCUCCCUCGGGGAGCUUUGACCAUGAAAGAGGAACCGCUGGCUAGCGGGAUGCCACCAGUCCGGUCUUGGAUGCAAAGCGCUGGGAUACUGGACGCAAACACUGCAGCCCAAAGCGGCGUUGGCCUGGCCCGGGCUCAUUACGAGAAGCAGCCCCCCUCCAACCUGAGGAAGUCCAACUUUUUCCACUUUGUCCUGGCGCUGUACGACCGGCAAGGCCAGCCAGUCGAGAUCGAGAGGACCUCCUACAUCGAUUUCGUGGAGAAAGACAAAGAGUACAACGGGGAGAAGACAAAUAAUGGGAUUCAUUACAGGCUACAGCUUCUGUACAGCAAUGGCAUCAGAACAGAGCAAGACCUAUUUGUGCGGCUGAUUGAUUCAAUGACCAAACAGGCCAUUAUUUACGAGGGCCAGGACAAGAACCCAGAGAUGUGUCGUGUUCUGCUCACACACGAGAUCAUGUGCAGCCGGUGUUGUGACAAGAAGAGCUGCGGGAAUCGUAACGAGACCCCCUCUGAUCCAGUGAUCAUCGACAGAUUCUUUCUGAAAUUCUUCCUCAAGUGCAAUCAGAAUUGUUUGAAAAAUGCAGGGAACCCACGGGACAUGCGCCGCUUUCAGGUGGUUGUAGCCACGACAAUCAACGUGGACGGCCACGUGCUGGCUGUCUCGGACAAUAUGUUCGUUCACAACAACUCCAAGCAUGGCAGGAAAGCUCGCCGUCUCGACCCUUUAGAAGCAGCCACCCCCUGUAUCAAAGCCAUCAGCCCAAGCGAGGGUUGGACCACUGGGGGCGCUACCGUCAUCGUUAUCGGGGAUAACUUCUUCGACGGGCUGCAGGUGGUCUUUGGCACCAUGCUGGUCUGGAGUGAGCUCAUCACGCCUCACGCCAUCCGCGUGCAGACGCCACCGCGACACAUCCCUGGCGUGGUGGAGGUCACGCUCUCAUACAAGUCCAAGCAGUUCUGCAAGGGGGCGCCGGGACGCUUCGUCUACACAGCAUUGAAUGAACCAACUAUUGAUUAUGGAUUCCAGCGACUACAGAAGGUGAUUCCCAGACAUCCAGGAGAUCCAGAGAGGCUACCUAAGGAGGUCUUGUUGAAGAGAGCAGCAGAUCUGGUCGAAGCCCUGUAUGGCAUGCCUCACAAUAACCAGGAGAUCAUCUUGAAGCGAGCAGCGGACCUGACCGAGGCCCUGUACAGUGUCCCACGCAGCCACAACCAGCUGCCCUCCCUCACAGGCUCCUCCGCCCACUCAGGAAUGAUGGGAGUCAACUCCUUCAGCAGCCAGCUCGCCGUCAACAUCUCGGAGACAUCCCAGGGCAAUGACCAAGGUUACUCCCGUAACUCUAACAGCGUGUCUCCCCGUGGCUACGCCCCCAGCUCCACCUCCCAGCAGUCCAACUACAACACCAUCACCUCCACCAUGAACGGCUACGGCAAUGGCAUGACCAGCCUGGGGGUGCCGGGCUCCCCCAGCUUCCUCAAUGGAUCCACAGCCAACUCCCCCUACGCAAUCAUGCCUUCCAGCCCUCCGUUGGGGGCUUCCUCCAUCACUCUCCCCUCCAGCGUUAAUUCCUCCUCCUCCACCACCCCUGCUGGCAUGUUCUCAUUCUCUCCUGUCAAUAUGAUCUCUGCAGUCAAACAGAAGAGCGCCUUCGCCCCCGUGGUGAGGCCGCAGACCUCCCCGCCCCCCACCUGCACCAGCACCAAUGGGAACAGUCUACAGGGUGAGCACCCCGCCCCUCACCUGCCUCCCAACUCCACCCACCACUACUGGGUGUUAGUAGAUGAGGGCAGAUAAGACACACGAGCUAUGUCUGGUCUUAUAGUCCCACCCAUGUAAGUAGGAAAAAAUGAAAUCCCAAGAUAUCCACAAGAUGAAGAACACCAUUCCCACUGCCCCCACACACAGCUCAGCAACUUCAAGAAUAACAGGAACAUGGCAUAUGGACUCCUUUCUUAAAGGUCCUAUAAAGAUUGAUUAAUGGUAGUCUGAAUAGUCUCCUGAGUUGUUGUUUCACCUGCAGAGGAACCUUGAUUAAGUGAGCUAAAUUGGACCACGUUACACAAGUAUAGUCACACUGUUUGGCUACAUUGCCCCUCUUACCUGCCAUCAUCUCUUCCACACGUCAGACUGCUGGCACCAUUGACCAUCUCUCUUGAUAAACGAUCCGCCUCUUUCAUUUCUGAUUCAAUCCUGUUUCAUUCCUGCUCGGGGCUGAGGCAUGGGCUCUUCCAACAGAGCAAUGAAAAAGAGUAAAUGACUGUUUCUCCUUCUUAAGACUCACACCUUGGAAAGGCAGGUCUCUGAGAAACUAAAUUCAUAAUGUGACUCACUGCAACCAAAUGAUUGCAUUCCCAGCCUUCUGUCCAUGACUACAAAACACUUAACUCCUAAAUUUAGAAAUACUGAAAUAAAUAAAUUAAAUGAUAAAUGUUUCAGCUGCAAGCCUUUUUCAUUUCCAACCUUAUCUCAAGAUUCCAUCUAAUUUCCAGAACUCAGGCAAAACACAAUUAAUUGCAGUUUGAAUCAGGUGGCCCACAUUUUGGUCCGGACAGUUUCAAGCAAUCAAGGUUCUGAAGUACGGUAUCCCAUCUGUACUGUCUCUUUUCUUCAACCAACUAUUAGUUAUGCAACUGUGAUAACAAAGUAGGGGAAGUGUUUUAUAGUUAGAAACCAUGUUCUUGACAGGAGGGGGGGGGGGGGGGGGGGGGGGGGUAGGAAUGGCUCCAGUUAUAUGUGCUCCAUAAACUCUCCACUGUUCACAUCUUUAAACUCAGCUGUGUCUGAGCACAGCCAGCACCAUGCUUCACUGGAGAAAGCAGGUGUUUAAAUAUCAGCUCAGAUUUCCAAAAUAAUGAAGAAAGGCCUUUAUUAUUUCCUUUUUAGUGAAAGCAUGAAUUUUAAAUGAUCAUACCUGCGUGUGUUUCAUUCUUAUUUGCCCCUUAGUGAAAUUCUAUGAAAUCAAACUAGCCCUAGCCACUUGCAAAAUAGCUGUUCAUACUGAAUUGGAGCCAUUUUAGGACAGAGGUAGUUUAGAUGUAUUCCCCAUUGCAGUCUGCUCUUCCCAAAUGAGCUAUAGUUAUUCACCCAAGUUUCUUUCAUGGAGUGAGACUGUAGCCUUUGUGUACUUUGGACCAAUAGUUUAUUGGAGAAAAAACAGUACCUGGAAAUGGUUUCCAGAUUUGUGUGUCUGUAGAAUAACACCAGGAAUGCUUGCUGAGAUUCUGAUCAUGUUUAGGUACUGAUUUUAUCGUUCGACUUUUAUUGUGCUUUUUUGUAUGUAUUUAUAAAUGUUUAUGGGGGUUUCUUUGGAGAUUUAGGCCUGAAUAAUAGUAUAACAAAAAUAUGUAAACACAUUUGAUGUCAUAAUACCUUUUAGAUAUUGUACAAAAAAAAAAAAGUAAAAAAAAAACUUUUGUAAAAAGUCUUAGACAUGUUCCCUGUCCCUCUGAUUUUUAAAAAGAAGGAAUGCUUCGCCGAUUUUGUAUAAGAAAGCUUUCCGAUACUGUAUUUAACAUUUUUGUAUACAGCCAUUGUGUUUUUCUCUUACUUCCAGUUAUUGUCCGUGUGUCUCAUUGUGAAAAGGUGUAUAAUCACGAUAGUUAUUACUUAAUGCACUAUUUUAGUGAAGCAUCUCCAAAAGCAUUGCAUCUGAGCAAAAAAAAAGAAAGUUUAGCACACAUAUGCAUCAAGAUUAUAUACAUCAGUCAUUUGAGAGUGUCUUCUUGUGUUCAUGACUUCUCUGUCAUACAAAGUUAAAGGGAGACUCUACUUUUAUGAGGGGACAUCUUAAUGUAGCGCUCCCACUGUGCAUCCAACACCAUUUCUGUCUUCUCCUAGUUAGGGCAAUAGGUAACUGGCUGAAAUCAAUUUCAACAGCUUCAGCAAGUUUUAGACUGGAAAUAGUGGCGGAAGGCAACCAAUACAAGCCUAAAUAAAGCAAACAAAUAUUAUUUGAGAAAUCAACAGUUGAUAGCCACCAUGUGACACUUUGUUUUUAACAUGCGGUGCAGACUGCAGAUGGAAAAUGAUGGUGAUACCUCAAAAAGUAUAGAGGUGGCAUCACCGCCAAUAAUAGAGCUAAUAGCACUGGGAUUAUUUGAAUGGGUGUGUGGUGGAUUUUGUUGGACCAGAUGCCACUUUGGUACAGUUAAGAAAGUGCUGUAAUAACUGGAUAUCUACUUCCAAGUAAAGAAUACACUUGUAUGUAACAAUGAAAGUGUAUACUACCUGAGUCAAGACUUGGAGUUAUUCAAUAGUGGACCUUUCCUCACAAUUCAUAUGCUUGUGUGAAUUAAGACGUCGCCGAUACACAGCAAAGAAGUUGUGUGUUCCUUUAACAAAGUAGGGUUUUCUUAGUCGUUGUUGUUGCACACAGAUCUGUAUCAUUUACUUAUGCAAUUUGUAUUCCUGUAAUGCAAAACAGUGUAACGCCACACUAUCUCAGUGGAAUAGUUGUAAAAAAGAAAGAAAUAUAUAAAUUGAUGCCUUACAAUAUGUCAUGUCCCCAUGCAUUCUAUCAUUAUGUUUUGUGUGUUGUUUUUUUUUUUUUCUGCAAGGCUGCGAAAGUCAGCCAUCUGUUUAAGAGUUAUGUAAGUCAAUUUGACUGCUUAAAAACAUUGGUGUAGGUAGAAAAUAAUGGUUACUUACUUAUAGAAAGUCCUAAUAGGGUUAAAAAUGUGUAUAAAAUGUAUUGACUUACACCCUUCUAGGGGAGUAUAGAGCAUAAGAGUUGUCCAUCUAAGAUCACCCAGCUCCUAGUAGCUGAUUGGGUCAACGAUGUAAUCUUGGAGAAGACUGUGAAAUCUCAAGGCAGUUAGCAUAUUCAUAAUUUUGAUUGUCACAGAUGGACAAGAUCAGUACAUAGCUGUUCACCUUUAAAUAAAGACCAAAAAAUGAAUUAUUUCACAUUAGCAGUUUUAAUUACAGGGCAUACAUAACCAACUAAAAACAUGGUAAUUACGUGGAAGUGUGAUGUGCCAUGGUGUUAUCAUGUAAUUACACCAGGUAACCAACAAAAGGCCAUGCUAUGUAAUUACACUCUAGUUACCUACUAACAGUAGGAAUCCUUCGUAGUUAUUGCCCAGGUAUUACUAUGUAGUUACAUGGAUAUUCAUGUCGUGCAAUCUAAAGUGCUGACAAACGAAAUUACACAAACAGGCCAACCAAUACCACUGAACCAGUACAACUGAAAGAUGCACUGAUAGAUGAUUAUAUUGAAGAACUCCCUUGCAUAUAAAUGAUAUCCCCACAUAGUGCUAGGGAGAGGAGUGCAAAUAGUGGAGGUCUAACAAAACAGAGAAGAUCUGCCAAGAGUUAUUGUGGAUGCUUCAGAAACAAGGUGGAUUUCCAAUCUGGAGCUGCCACUGUCAAUGUCUAUUAAUGUCAUGUUGAAGCUUAACCAAGAUUUCCCACGAAUAAGGAAGCACUUUAUUCUGUAUUGCUAGCAUCCUUAUUACAUUGACAUUCUGUGUGUGUAUGUAUGUAUGUAUGGAUGUAUGGAUUGAUGGAUUUACACUAUGCAUAUAAUGUACGAAUUCAUGUGUAUGUAUGAAAAUAAAAACAAAACAAAAAUUAGUGUAUACCGCAGAAUCAGAACUACAAAAAUGUAUAAGACAAGACAUUGAGUGCUUAAAUACAUUUCAGCUAAAAUGUUUAUGAAUGAACACUUACUAAUGGGAAAUGGUACUGAAAGGCACUACAGCUAGCUCUCCGAUUUUUAGUCAUCCUGUUAGCUCAUCCGUUCUGCUGUCUACGAAAGUCCAGAGGAACGUGACUGGCAGAAGCAGUGCUUUAGGCAAGCUUUGAACAAGCUGAUAUAGAAGAGGUGUAGGUUUGAGUAGGUAGAACCUGGAGCCAAUGCAGGCCAGUCUGUCACUGAGCUUCGUUCAUAUAUUUGAAACCAGCAAGAGUACAAAGAAACAAGGUCAACCUUUACGGUACCUGCACAAUUAUUAUCAUUGAUAACAUCAAUAAAAACGUGCUAUCAAAUAUUGCAUUAGUUCAUUAUUUAACGCGUAUUCAAGAAAUACGACAGUACUGUGGUACAGAUUGUAUGUAGUCAUGGACAGGUAUACCAAAAAAGAACACAGUAUGGUUCUUAUCAGAAUAUAAGUCAACCACACUCCAUAGCAUUGUGGUUUCCAUUGAAGACCGCUCUGGGUGCACCUGGUUUAUGAAAGUGCAAAGGGCUUACUGAGGAGUUUCUGUCCUUUGUUUCUUAGCAGAAAGGUUUUAACUGCUCUGCUUGAAUAGACGUCUGUCUUUACAAGCUUCUUAAAGCCACGGGAUGUGUCUGAACUGAUUGACUGUGCAGUGCUGUUCAUGUGUAGGCCUUUGCUGAUGUUGCCCCCUCGCUACCACCCCCAUUUGCAAAUGUAUAUUUUAUGUCCAUUUGAAUCACUCACUAUACUGUAGCUGCAAAAUGCUAACUUUUUUAUGGAGUUGUAAAUUCAGCUUUGCUUCCCCAUUUACCUCAACAGGUUAUUAAAACUAGAUUAUUUUUUGUUUUUGCUUUUUUUGCAAUGAUUUAUGUGAAGAAAAAAUGUGAAGGAGUACUGCAUCUUUAUACAAUUUAUGAAAAAAUAUGUACUAUCAUCGAAGUAUAUUAAAGCACAAUGUUUAAUUCUCUAAAAAAAGAAAAACAAACUAAAACAAAGCUGUACCCUCUUUUCUUUUCGAUAAGAAUCUGUGACCAUGCUGUAAAUAGGAUGCAUGCUUUUCUGU